AUGGCGCUUUCGGUUACCCAGGUUUACCUGCUUGCAACUGGUGUCGAACAAGAGGUUGCCCGCAUUCACCAAAGAGGGGGAUCGCUGCCGACCAACACUUUUUGUGAGCGGUGGUCUGGCCAAAUGGUGAUGGAAAACUGCCAACUCAGAUUGGCCCAACGCAGUGAGACUGCGACGAGAGGUAUCUGCAAACCCCCGUCCAAAACGGCCACCAUCGACAUAUGCCCCUCGAACUCUGAUCAAUCGCCCUGUGUGCUCAAUGAUACAUAUGACGCCCCAAUCACGCGUAGGCCACCGUGGAGGAUGUUUCGGGAAGUUGGUUGCCCAUUAUUUAUAUGA